AUGCAAGUUAUGCGAGAUAACGGCAAGAAUGCCGGGAGUAGAGAGCGGGAAAUUCCAAAGAGAGACGACUUGAAAGAUUAUAAUUAUGCUGUCGCUGGACAUGCUGGAACCAUGUGCGACGCAGACGGCGAACUAUUCAUCAAGCCGUGUACAAAGUCCGAGGUCGAAUUCUACGAAUCGGCACACGCCCUCCAUCCAGAUUUCGCAGAGUUCAUGCCCAUGUAUAUAGGAACUCUAUCACUCAAUGAAGGAACUGACCAGGCUGCGAUACAUGCGCAAAUACCAGGCCUUGUUGAACAUGCCGACAUCCCUUUUUCUGUCAAGGAAGAAAUCCAGUCACAUUUACACCUUGACGAUCGGACACCCAUACUCGAAGCGCCUAUCCAAAAACAAAUUAUCUCUGAGAAUGUUAAAUGGAUUCCUAACAAGACGAGGAAGAUCACGACAGAUCGGGCAGUGGUAUUAGAAAAUGCUUCCUUCGGGUAUAAAAAGCCAAAUAUUAUGGACGCAAAGUUAGGAAUUCGGCUAUGGGCCGAUGAUGCACCUUUAGAAAAGAAGGAGAGAUUUAAUAAAAUCGCCGAGGAGACCACUCACAAGAAAUUUGGCUUUCGCGUUGCGGGAAUGAGAGUUUACAAGGGAUCCACGAACGAAUCAGAGUUGGAUGAGGAAGGAUUCAGAAUUUAUGACAAAGACUGGGGAAGACUUACGGUGAACGAUGGCAACAUAGUAGACUCGUUCAAAAAGUACAUAUUCAACGAGGCCGCCGGCAUUGACCAAGAUCUCGGCAAGACCAUUGCUGGGCUAUUUGCUCAGGACCUUCGAAAAGUGCAAGAAGUACUUGAGAAAGAGGAGACCCGAAUGUACUCUUCUAGUCUGCUUUUCGUAUUUGAAGGCGACGGUGCAGCUCUACGAGAGGCCAUCGAAGAGGCAAAAAAUACUGCCGCUAUACCAGAACACAAGAGAGGAACCUCACGAGCUCCAGUGGCUAACCUUAGGGUGGAUAGCGGUAUUGGUAUAACCGAGGAGGACCUAUACGAUCCCGAUAUGGCGGAAGACUUUGAUGAGCUAGAGGACGAUUCGGAUGAGGAGUCAAGCUUUCCGCAUAUAUAUACCUUAAAGUUGAUUGACUUUGCGCAUGCAACAUGGAAGCCUGGUCAAGGGCCGGACGAAAAUGUGCUGCUUGGAGUCAGGAGUCUCGCAGAUAUCUUCGAGGAGAUGUCGGAGUGA